UCAACUAUCUUACGAAUAUAAUGUGAUAGAUUUUCGGUGAUGAUCUCAUAUGCUCAUGUAACCGGCUCCGGCUCUAAAUAUAAUGGAACUGCAUUGGUUGAUUAAAAUGGUAUAAGUAAUUAAGUAUACGCCACUUCAACUAGUUUAGGAAACUGCAGCUCAAAAGUCAGUCAGUCGGUCAUUGUGUCAAACACCUUGUCUUCUCCUUCCUCGAGCUCUGCUGAGAGCCUGAGACCCAUAUCGUCCGCUCCAACUCUCUCUCAACAAUGCUAUCGUUUACUUGCACAAAACCCUCCAAGACCUUAAAUCAUCUCCCUCUUCCUCCUCCUUUCCCAUCAUUCUCUCGGUCGCUUUCGCUCUCUCUGCCUGUCUCCAUCUCUAGCAGCAAACACAAAGUCUCUCGAUCACUCUGCAUUAUCCGAGCCAUCGACGCCACUCAGCCGUACGAUUACGAGGCCCAGCUCCGCUCUCAGCACAUAAAGUCCCAGUCCCUCAAGAUCGCCAUCAUCGGCUUCGGCAAUUUCGGACAGUUCCUGGCCAAAACCUUCGUCCGGCACGGUCACACCCUCCUCGCCCAUUCCCGCUCCGACUACUCCGCCAUCGCUAGUGACCUCGGCGUCCGCUUCUUCCAUGAUCUUCACGAUCUCUGUGAGCAGCACCCUGAGGUGGUACUCCUCUCAACCUCAAUUCUUUCUACGGAGAGAGUCCUCAGGGCUAUCCCUUUUCAAAGAUUAAAGAGGAAUACGCUUUUCGUUGAUGUGUUAUCGGUUAAGGAGUUCCCUAGGGACUUGUUGAUGAAAUAUUUGCCAAAUGAGUUUGAUAUCUUGUGCACCCAUCCAAUGUUUGGACCGGAGAGCGGAAAGGACUCAUGGUCGGGGCUAUCUUUCGUGUAUGAUAGGGUUAGGAUUGGGAAUGAGGAAGGUAGAGUGAGUAGAUGUCAUAGGUUUCUGGAUAUAUUUGCGAAAGAGGGUUGCCGAAUGGUGGAGAUGAGUUGUGCUGAGCAUGAUAAGUAUGCGGCGGGGUCACAAUUUGUGACGCACACAAUGGGAAGGGUGUUGGAGAAGUUUGGGUUGGAAUCUUCCCCUAUUAACACAAAAGGGUACGAAACUUUGUUGGAUCUGGUGGAAAACACUGCUGGAGAUAGUUUUGAGUUGUAUUAUGGGUUGUUUAUGUAUAAUAAGAAUUCGAUGGAGCAGCUGGAGAGGUUGGAUAUGGCUUUCGAGGCAAUUAAGAGGGAUUUGUUUGGGCAGUUGCAUAGAGUUUAUAGAAAGCAGUUGUUUGGCAGCGCAGAGCUUGGACGGGCUCCGGAGGAGAGGCCUGUUGUGCAGAAGUUGCUUCACAAUGGUGCUCCUGACCAGAUAUCAGAGAAUAUGCCUUAAAAGACUGCCUUUUUUUGAUAGAAUCUAGAGUGAAUGAUGGAUCAUCCUCCACAGUGUCACAUGUUUUCUUUGGUUAUGGAAUUUUGUCAAAAUAAGAGAGAAUGGAAGUACACCUUGCUAUUGGGCAGAUAGCGGUUCAAAGUUCACAUUUAUUCUAUUGUAAGUCCCUUUUUACUAUUUUUCAUUUGAACCUGCAUUUCUUAGACGUUUUCAUGAUCUGGAUUAUUUGAAUAAAACAUCCUUCUCUA